CUGAGGUGACGACGACGUCCUCACCGGUCCCUUCAACAAUCUCCUCAACGUUAGCGACUACGACGUCGAAGGACUCACACAAGGCAUCAACGGCGGUAACGGCUGCGGUGUCCGCUACUACACAGCGGAGAGCUACUCUGGCCAUCAGCUUAGGGGACGAAGAACCUCCCGCAGAACUGCUGCCUUUCCCCAUGUCCAGCAACCGAACAGAACCGUGGAUCAGCAACUCUGUGCAGCCGCGAUUUGUGGGCGUGUGCGACUACUGCCUGUUCGACGGAGAAGGGAACUUUACCAGCUACGGUUACCCGCUCGACUACCACGCCAACCAAGAGUGCUCGUACAGGGUCAAGCGGCUACCCGGUACCUGUGCCCUGGAAAUCAUCUUUCACGACUUCGACCUUCAAGACACGCCCGGAUGCAGGGCCGAUUAUUUCAAGGUCGAAGGAAUACGCUUCUGCGGGCAGGAACCACGAGCACACAGAGAGAUCGUGGAGUUUCCCAAGGGCAGCGACGAAAUGAGUUUUCUCUUCAAGACUGACGGUUCCAAGGCGGGGAGAGGAUUUUGGAUCGAGAUAAUUAGAAGACCGGGAAACUGUGAGCCAAGGAAAAACGUCAUCGGUGCAUGCGAGGAGAGGCACGCGGAAGAAGAGUUCUUCAUCUGGAGUCCCAACUACCCUCAGCCUUAUGGUGCCAACCAAAAAUGCUGGUACUACGUCCGCAGAGCCAACGAGCGUGUCUGUGGCCUGGAGCUGACCUUCCUCUCUUUCGACCUGGAAGCCAGUGACGGAUGCGUCUAUGAUUAUCUGGACGUUGAUGGCCAGAGGCUGUGCGGUCUCAUUACACCCGGAGCUGUUCGCGUCUUCAUGUUUACAGCGGACCAGCUGCUGAUCCAUUUCAGUAGUGACAGUCAGAGUCACAGACAAGGAUUCCACAUAAGGGCGAAGCAAGUCACUACCUGUUACCCUGGCAAUGCCCUACCACCUCCUCCGUUGUGCGAUGUCUGCACCCAGCGUAUCUCGGACGACAUCACCAGCUAUGGCUUUCCAACGGAAUACCGCAACAACCUUCUGUGCCGCAUCACCAUUAGCAGACCAUCGGAUGCCUUCUGCUACGUCGACAUGAACUUCCUGGAGUUCGACGUUGAAAAGACAACUUCUUGCGACCACGACUUCCUGCAGAUGGACCGCGACCGCUACUGUGGCACCAUGCUCAAAGGACAACACAAACAAAUGCAUUACGAUCCUGACGGAAACGCUGUCAUGGUGUUCAAGACGGAUGCAAGGGGAGCUGGGAAAGGUUUUCGGCUUCGCUUUCAUCAAGUUCCAUGCCCUGCUGGAAUUCCAUCUGGUAGUCCCGAGAAUGCGCAGGGACAUGUGGAAGAAGCGAAGCAAUGCGACCGAGCCUUUCAGCAGCGCGAGUUCUACAUCCAAAGUCCCAACUUCCCGUCCAAUUAUUUAGAUAACCACGACUGUCGUUACAUAAUUCACAAGGCUGGAGACGACAUCUGCGAUCUGGAGCUCGUGUACGCCGCAUUUGAUGUUGAGUCUUCUCCCAAUUGCCAGUACGAUUAUCUGGAGAUCGGCGGGAACAGGCACUGUGGUAGUCUACCUGCGGAUCACUUGCACACGUUUCCGUUUCCGUCCAACGAGAAGGUCAUCCACUUCCACUCAAACGGUGCCAACACGAGACGUGGCUUCUCAAUCCGUGCUCGGCAGCUGCCGUGCGAUCUGCGAGGUAGCAGCACCAGACAUCCACCACAGCCGGGGCCUCCGCAGCACGGUGAUCCCAAAGACCAGCUUCACGUGACCGCCCUGAGCCACCUUCCAACGUCACCUUUUGUCACCACACCUGAACCUCACUCCACACCGAGGUACUGCGAUCUCUACAUGGACAAGGUAGAGUUCGAAAUCGAAAGCAUGAAUUACCCUUCCGACUACGAGGACCAGUUGGACUGCGCUUACACUAUCCGCCGGGCGCACGGCAACAUCUGCCAGAUGGAGAUCACCUUUCUGGAUUUCCAGCUGCAGCCGUCAGAUUCUUGUCACGGUGACUACUUGGCCAUUGAUGAUCUUCGAGUCUGCGGAACUGUCGUUUCAGGCACAACCCGCAUGAUGGACUUCAAAGACCCGCAGAAGGUAAUGCGAUUUCACACUGACGAUGCGCAAACGGAACGGGGCUUCCACAUCAUGGUCAGACAGCAUGAUUGCGACACCACAACAACUCCCUCAGUUCCUGAACAGAUUGAAUGCGACGAGACGUUCGCAAAGCCCGAGGCUCAAUUGAUAAGCGUCAAUUAUCCUCACAACUACGACAAUAAUUUGGAGUGCAGGUACACCAUCCGAAAGAUGAGUUCGUCCGUGUGUCGGCUUGAAAUGAGCUUCAUGAAAUUUGACAUCGAGUCGAGCACAGAUUGCGAGUACGACUUCUUGGACAUCGACGGCCAGAAAUUGUGCGGAAUCUUCACCGGGAAUACGUCUGGCAUGUACGACUUCAAUGAAGACGAGAAAGUGAUACGCUUUCACUCGGACGCCGCGAACUCUCGACCGGGAUACCAGAUCCAUGUUCGCCAAUUAGAGUGCGGACUUCUCGGUCCCCAGGGGUCGCCACGUCCUCCACCAUCUCGGCCAUUCCACCCGACGUCGCUCGACCAGCAUACCUUUCAGCGAAAAUGCGACAAGAUCUACACCAACAGAUUGUUCGACAUUCGGAGCUUGGACUAUCCUCAUGGGUAUCCCAAUAACCUCGACUGCAAGUUCAUCAUAUUCCAGGCAACUCCAGACGUUUGCAAGCUAGAACUUACAUUCAUCGAUUUCGACGUUGAGAAAGAGGACGACUGCGACGGCGACUUUCUCGAGUUGGACGGAGACAGGGUCUGCGGUACCCUACCACCGGAUUCCAAGAGAUACAUCCAGUUUACGGAAUCGCAAGUUGUGGUCAGGUUCCACACAGACAGUGUUUCCAACAGGCCGGGAUUCCACAUUAAAGUGAGACAACUUGAGUGCGGGAAAUCAACGCCAUCGACGAAUCUAGGAAAGGCUCCGUCCUUGGACUCACCGUGCUCGUACGAAUUCAACGAGGGUAGCGGUGUCUUCUACAGUCAAGGAUUUCCUGGACCUUAUCCCAACAAAAUGUUCUGCACGUACAAGGUGAUCGCCAACCCUGGGUACUGCAAAGUGGAGCUCUCUUUCAUCCAGUUCAAUCUUGAGUCUUCCGGUAACCGGCCAGAUGGGCAGUGUGGACAGGACUUCAUGGAAAUCAAUGGCGUGCGUUACUGCAACCGACAGCUCGAAGGACAGAUACGCAUUCUCCACUUCAAAGGGUCGCCUCCGAAGGUGACGAUGCACUUCAUCACCAACGACCAAGAUGCUGGAAAGGGCUUCCUCGGCUUCUACAAGCAGCUCGAAUGUGGACCUCCCAGUCAUCCCCCAAGUUUUCAUGGUCCUAGUGGUCACGGCCCUGGUGGUCACAGUCCUGGUGGACAUGGCCAUCAUCAUUUCAGUCCUCCUGGCGGUCACUUAGCCCCCGUAGGACCGGUUAGUCCCAUAGGGCAUGGUGGCCACCAAUCCAACAGCCGUCAACCCAACUGUGAUCGGCUCUACGCGCUACCGGACUUUCAGCUCGAAAGUCCAGGUUACCCCGGCGAAUAUCGAUCUGGACUGGACUGCCGUUUCUUCAUUCGCCGCUUGAGUGAACGCAUCUGUAGCCUGCAGAUAACGUUCGUUAACUUCGAUGUGGAAGACAGUCCCAACUGCUACAACGACUACUUGGAAAUUGGUGGAGAGAAGAUCUGCGGAUGUGUACCUGGUGGGCAGACGAAAGAAAUUCCGCUUCGGGACUUCCAGACAACGCUCCGUUUCCACUCAAACCAUGCCAUUGAGAAGCAGGGGUUCGUCCUCAAAGUGCAGCAGAUGGACUGUCGAGGCCCAAGCUUUCCAGGUGCUCGCCCUGGCUACCCUGGAAGUGGACACGCUCAUCUGCCACCUCCUCCUUUGUACCCCGUGGGCGUACCUGCUAGUCAUCCCUACCCUCCCCCAGGUCCUGGUGGCCGUCAUCCCUAUUUUCCUCCACAUGGUGCACCCCCACCGCAUGGUGUACCUCCCCAUGGUGGGCCGCCCCACCAGCUGGGCGGGGCACCUUCUCAGCCACCUUCACUUUGUGACAAAGUCAUUACAAAAGCCCAUUUUGAGAUCAAGAGCUCUGAAUUUAAAGGCAGCUUCAUAGAAUGCAGACUGACGAUUCAGCGCCAAAGUCAAGACAUGUGCCGUGUGGAAUUUCUUUUCGUCCGGUUCGAAGUGGACUGUACACACGAUAUUUUUCGCGUCGAAGACGUGCAAAUCUGCGGCAAGCUGGAUCACUAUUCUAUCCGAAGUUUUAAUUUCGAUGGCCCUCAGAAAGUGGUGUACUUCCGUUCCACUUCUGAAGGGAGGGCAUCUGACUUUGUCAUCAAAGGACGACAGAUCAGCUGUUCCGGUCGCCCGCCAGCUCCUGAACCAUCCAUUCCUAGCCCUGUACCGGGGCAACCAGGACAUCAUGGUGGGUUCCCACCACACGGUCCUGAGUAUCCAAGACACCACCAACCUCCACGCACAGGGCACCCUCCACCUGGUCACGGGUACCCACCCGUAGGACCUCCUUCCACCGGAUUGCCAGGCUACCCCCCAGGGCCAUCAGCAGGGACUCCGCAAAGUUACCCACCAUCUGGCCACGGCUACCCACCCGCUGGACCACCACCAGCUGCUCCACCAAGCUAUCCGCCCAUAGGACAACCACCAGCAGGACCACCAAGCUAUCCACCCAUAGGACCACCGCCACCAGCUCCUCCUAACUAUCCACCAUCCUACCCACCAUCUUACCCACACAUGCAUGGACGUCAUCCAGGACCUGCAGGCCCACCUCCACCUGCACACAGAUAUCCAGACCCGGUGGGGCGUCCACCUCCGUUCCCUGCUCCUCCACAGGAUCUGGGCCACGGUGGCUAUCCACGUCCCCCCACGGGCCAGUGGCCACAGCACGGGCCCCCGGCGCCCCCUGUGGGCACUCCGGGUGGCAGCUGUGAUCGAGUCUACAAUUCGCUAGAAUUUACUAUUAGCAGCCCUAAUUUCCCUGGACAGUACCCAUCACAAAGCAUGUGUCGUUAUAUUGUCCAACGAUAUGACAGUGCGACCUGCGCUAUUGAGAUUCUUUUCAGCAAAUUCGACAUGGAACAAAACCCUAACUGCCAGUAUGAACACUUGGAGGUUGAUGGACGUAAGCUGUGUGGGACAUUGCCUGAAAAUACUGUGCAAAAGUUCAACUUCUAUCAGCCAGAAAUGCAGAAGGUGAUGGUCUUCCGGUCUGACCGUGCCAGGAAUCACGUGGGCUUCUCCAUUCGAGUACGACAAGUGACGGACUGUGGAGGUCCAGGAUUCUCUCCUACGCAGGACAGAGUGGCCCCAAGGCCUCCAAACCCCCUAUGUGACUACUGCCAACGGGAAGUACGGGGUCAGCUGUCCAGCCCGAGCUACCCGUCGAUGUACGCACCCGACACACGGUGCACGUAUCGUAUCCAACCUGUACCUGGUCACUGCGAAGUGGAGAUGUACUUCCACGACUUCGACAUCGAAAGCUCUCCCGGGUGCCAGAAGGAUUUCCUCGAGAUAGAUAAGACGCAGAGGCAUUGUGGCAAUGAGCUCGUGAAAGGAAUGAGAAAGGUGCCUUUCCCGGGGGGUGCAGCCCCGGAGGUCAGAAUCCUGUUUGUGGCUGACGCGUACGGCAAUGGCAAGGGCUUCCACCUCGAGUACAGGCAGCUACCUUGCAAGUCCCCCGUGCCGUCGUCCAGCGAAGACAAGGGCACGGCAACGCAGUUGCAGUCGGAUGCGACAGCAUUCUGGAUCAAGGGUUUCCAAGAAAACUCCGACAUCCUCACAGCGAGCAUCUUUGUCGAAAAUCGUAACAUAUCGAACCCGGAGAGGUUCACUCACAGCUCCAACGUGGUCCACCACAACAUAACGCAUGGUGUUUUGAAUUCCACUUCAUCCACACGCCCUCAUUUUUGAGAAGACUAUAAUUAGGGCCUGACUUUUUCGGGUUUUAUUUUUGGCCAAAUUCGGGGGGUAAAUAUCGGGUGAUAUUUUUCAUUUGAAAAUUCGGGUGUAUUCGGGUUAAAUCCCGUUACAGCAUAUUCUGUCGUCAGGAAUUCGGGUGUAUUCGGGUGAUUUUUUUUGUUUAUUAAAAAUUUGUCUUAACAUGGAACUAAUGUUUAGCAAUGUUAUCAAACUUUAUUUUAAUGGACGCUUAUGAGUGUGCCACGAGACCCGGAUGUUUUCGGGUAGAUUCGGGUUAAACCCGAAUUUUAGAGAUUUCGUUCGGGGGGUAAAUAUCGGGCGGAUACGGGUUUAACCCUAAAAAGUCAGGCCCUAACUAUAAUGCACACUCACACGGCUUUGCGCAACUUCUUUUCUUUUCUUUUUUUUUUUAGUUUCUUAAACCGCUGCCAAUAAGCAUGUACAGCUCAGUCUCGGACGUACUGACAAGUUCCGUGACCAGUUCUACACGUCCCGAGAGGGAAAAGGAGUUUUAAAAGGUCACCUGUCAGCAUUGCACACUGCUUACUAGCUGGUCGUCAUGAUUUAUGCCCAGCAGCUCAAGUUUUAUGUUUAUGUGAAUCGGGUUUUACUUCGGGAGCCAUAAAAUGGUGAAAUCUGGCGAUAUUGAGUAGGGAAGCAGACUCUUGGGUGGAAGUGCUACUUGAAUCUCUGAUGAACACGAUCAACUUUUGAUUAUCAUCAUUCUGUUGUAUAGUGUCUGUGGUUUUCUAUGCUUUGCCCUCUCCUGAAAAAAAAAAAAAAGAAAUCUUGGUAAUGCCCAUGUGAUCAGUAUCAAAAAAGCUUGAUAGCCCUGCAGUGGAGGGUGAUCUCAAUAUUGCUUCUCCAACCUUAAAGUUCCAUAUUGUCUUUUCACAAUUUAUUUGUCUAAUUUAUUCCAGUAACAUGGCUGUGACAUUUUAGUAAUACAGUCAAACUCCUUUACAACAAAACUCAGGGGACAGCAAAAAAAAAUUUGCAGUAAACGUAUUUUCGUUAAAAAGGAUGUCCAUUAUUGGACCUAUAGGGCUCCAGCGGGACCGCGAAAAAAUUUGCUGUAGUGGUAUUUUCGUUAAAAAGGUGUUCGCUAUAAAGGAGUUUGACUGUAUACGAUAUGCAGCAGAACGCAUCUAUCAUAGCACUGCAUCAUGUGGAAGUCCUUUUUGUUCCCGCGAAGAUAUUAUUUGCAUUUUUGGCCAGAAAUGAUUUGCGGGCCCUUAAAUUCGCAACAGCACUCGCAACGUUCCAUUUUAUGCUCAUCUCACCUCAGAGCUUGCCCUUCAAGGUGCAUGGAUCGCUGGAGCAGCAACUAGCUGUCAUAAACUCUGAAAAGUGUGAGGCAUGAAUACGAAAGCAUGUGGAACUAGGUGUUAAAGCUGAAGCGAGAUAACAAUGUUCACAUUGCACUAACGCUGACAUUUUCAUAGUUUUGCCUUAUACACACGUUCUUUUCACGUUAAUGCUCGGCUUUUGGAAUCAAUGUUGUAUAUGUGCUUGAUGUGCAGACCCCUUGGCUACUACAAAAUGUUUCAGCAGUGAUAUGAUGUGUCCAGAUAUUUACAUUACAUACCGCUGCAGAAUAAUUUCCUCUCUAUCUUAUUAAUGCAACUAUGAGACAUCAUCGGUAAAUUUUGUGUUUUUUCUCCUUUUCGUUACAACUUCUUUAUUCUUUUUAAAUAUUAUGCCCCACUUCACAAUAGGCUAGGAGCUAGGCAUGCGUGUGAGUACAGUUUCGAGUAGAGAUGCACCAAUUCCCCACUUGCACGUUGUUACUUCUGCUCUGUGGAAAGGAUAUUUGGCGACAUACAAAGGCUAUUUGCAUACUUCUCAUCAAAAAUAGUGCUCGAGUCGUGCCAUAUGAACAAACGUGUUUGUCAAAUUUGCAAUCUUUUUUGCGGGGCACACAAAAUUGCAAGUGGGCUUAUGCAGAAAAAAGGAUGGAAAAAAGAGAAAAGAAAACAGUAUCAAAGGAGUAUUGGUAUGCAAGGGUUUCUUUCUGUGCAAAGAGAAAUGCUGCACCAUGUAGAGCACGCUCGGGUGGAUCACAUCACGCAGCCUUCCUUAUGCCCUUUGUGCUACAGCAUUUUUGUUACCUCAUUGUUUACAUACACUAUGGUACAUGAAAUUAUUAAGCUUCUCUUUUCAAUUGCGUUUUAUUUCUGAUGUGUCAGUGUGUUCGGUAACUUAUCAAACCCAUGUCACCCCAUUUACAGUACUGUUUCAUGCAUGCAGAAAUUGUGAAAGGUUAAAGUGGAAAUUUGCCCCAAUCGCUAUAGACAUUUUGAAGAAUACGCAGCGCUGCUGUGGCCGUCCAGUACAAGUUGGGAGUUGUCAGGGGAAAACGUGUGUAUGCCUUGUUUUUUUUUUCUGUCGUCUCCGAUCGUCAUCGUACUCCUGGUUUAUGGCACCGUCAGCAUCAUUUCACGGCACGACAUACCAGGGCACAUGCUGCUCCCUGGAACUUUUUCAAAUGGCCUAUUGGAAUAAAUGUUUUGGCAGGAUCAUUGAACUCCGAACAACCCUCUUGCCAUCCCUUUUGCUCGAAGCCAACAUAUCACUUUGUUGUGAGACACAGCAGCGUGCCCAGACACACAGCGAGGAACAUGCUGUCAAAUUUCUUCAUCAUGUCACGUGACAUUCUUCCAGCGUGGUCACACGUUAAAGGGGCAAUAUAAACGGGUGUAUGAGGUGCACUUUUUAAAAAUGCGUCGUGAUUCGUUGCAGACAGUUUCAAAAAAUUGUUGUCACAAAAAAGUAAAUAAUGGCUCCAAACCGACCGAAUAUUCGCUGCACUCUUUCGACAAUAGCGACACGUCAUUUUGACGUCGCGCAUCAUCAACCAUUCAAAACACAGGACGAUUAUACAUUAAUUUAGUUGUAAUAUCGAGAAGUGAGGUCAAUUUCAAACAUAUUCCCACUUGUCAAAUCCAAGAUAGCCAGUUCACACAGUACCAAAAAACCCUCAAAAUGCUAUUUCAUGCACGCACUACGUUUUGAGUGCUAUAUUGCUCUGCAGUGAGGAAAACUUACACACACUGGCUUGACG